UUCCGCAGACGGACAAUGAUUUUACGGGUUUGGAACAACAUGGGGAAAGCUAAAUUAGAGCGUUUUGUCAUGGAGGAAGACCUAGAACCACAUGACACCGAGGCAGUGGACGCUACAGAAGUUUCUCCAGCUCCUGAAGGUUCCUCAGCUCAGCAGGAGAUGUCUUCCAGUAAUGCUGAAGAGGCAGAUGUGGGUUUUAGCGCCUCCUGUCUGACCACAGCUGAACUGCAGCAGCACUGGAGAGCCGUUAAGCAGGAGUUCAGAAGCGUUAAACUGCUGUUUGACAUCCCUACUACGCGAAUCAUCGAUCAGAAAAUCUCCAAAUAUGUGGUGUACCAGGUUGUGGUGAUCCGCUCAGGUAGUUACGACUGUGAGCGAGUAGCUAUCGAGCGACGCUACUCAGACUUCCUCCACCUUCAUCAGGAGCUCCUGCUGGACUUCAGCGAGGAGAUGGAGGACAUUGUGAUGCCCAGGAAGAAAAUGACACGCAACUUCUCAGAGGAGAACAUCGCUGAGCGGCGCGUGGCCCUCAGAGACUAUCUUACUCAGCUCUACUCCCUCCGUUGUGUCCGAAAAUCACAGGCGUUUGUAGCAUUCUUCACUCAUAAGGAAUUAAAAACUUCAUAUGACCUCCUGCGUGGGGGGCGCUUUUCCAGGGCCCUUGAGGGCCUUCAGAAAGUGUUGGUACUUCAGGAAAAACUCUCUUCUCACAACCCUACUUUGGUGGUGCCAACGCUGUGUGCCAUACUGGUGUGCCAAAGGGAUCUAGAAGACUUUGACGCAGCUUUUCAAACUGGCAGAAGAGCUCUGCCCACGGUGAGGCGAUACGAGCUCCGGCAGUAUCAAGGGCCCCUGCUGGAGGCUCUUGUUGAUUUGGGCUACAGUCUUGGGCUGCCUGUGGCCCAGUUACAGGACGAGCUGACCAGAAUACAAGACUCUCCAAAUGAGCUGGUGUCAGACAUGUCCCUUAAAGAACUGGUGGUGCAAGAGUUUGUAUAAUCCGAAACACCUGCAAUGUCGUUGUGUUUACUAUUUGAUUAAUUCCCUAAUCCGAAAUAUUUCAGAGAGUUAACAGAAUAAUGAUUCUUACCUGAAAUAUUUUUUUCCUAAGAAGAGUCCAGAAUUUCUUAAUGACAAAUGGCGCUUUUCCAUUACAUGGUACGGCACGGCUCAGCUUAGUUUGAGUUUUCACUGAAGUUUAGUAUCGAUUUAGAUUGGGUAGGAUUAUUCACAUGACGCUGUAGUUGCACCGCCUCGACUGGCAUGACUCCUAAAAAAGCCUUUCAUUCCACGUCGCCCCAUUAAGCUCUCACUGGAUCUGCACCUUGGCCGUCAAUGAGAGGAAUGUCUGUACUUCCUCAACAGACCAUGAGACAGCCAUGUUGCAUUUGUUUCUUUGCUGGCUGUGCUGAUUUAAAUUUAGCGGGUCUGUUGUGUCUCCUGUCACAAGUUUAGUGAUGCAGAUAGUGAUGAUUCUCUCCAGCCAAUCAAUGAACAGCAGAGUUUACGCGUCACAUUUUGGUAAUGGUGCACUUCACUUGGAACUUCAACCGAAGUGGUACUGAAAGAGUACCAGGUACCAGGUACUGUACCCAGUGGAAAACCCCCCAAAGGUGAACCGUACCGUGCCGUACCCUGCAGUGGAAAAGCGCCAUUAGUGUGGACCAUCAUGACUUGGACCAAUAAGAAACCAUCCAAUCACUCAGAAAAAACACAUAACAUCAUGUCUCAUCCACACAUCAGUUCCUGAACACUGUAGACAUGAGGAAAGCCUGCUUUGACUUGGGAGACUGUGAUUGUUCAACUGUAUUUAUGUUUUCAUGAGCCAUGUUCUUUUAUCUCAUAUUUCCGUUCGGAUUUAAUUGCACAUAUUUUACGUUCAUCCUGGAUAAUUGUGCAACUGUGAAAUUAAAAGUUUUUGUUUACUGAAA